GAAUACUAACAGUUACUUUGACAAUUUUCUUAAAAUCUAAUUAUUUUGUAGAAAAGACAAUUAAUUACAAAGUCUGACCCGCGAUAAACUACCUUGUAAUUUCACUACAAUAAGUUAUGGCGAUCAUGGUAGCUUUUAUUUUGGGAUUCCUAGGUUGUUGUCAAAUUGUUAAGUUUGUUGACAAUUAUAUUCUAGGCUUUAGUGACACCUGUCAAGAGUUCGCUUCUUUCACUAAGGAAGAACCUAGGCCUACCAAUAAUGGUUCAAGAAGCUGAAGGAAGAUCUAGUUCCAUAACCAAGGCAUUAGAUAAGAUAAAACAAUGUUUGUCAUACCUGAACCAGCAACAAUAAAUUGCCGGACGACAGCCAGAGUCUGGGGCUGGCGUGGCCAGAUGUUGAGGGGCAUCCCUCCUGCGAGGUCGGAGGUCAACUCCGGAGGUCACUGAGGGAGACACAAGUGAAAAGAUAGUCCACAUCAAGACGUAAUGGGACCACUCGGAGGAUCAUGGGGUGGAGGAGUUUUCAACCAAUACAGAGCUGCUCUCUCAGGGUCGAUGGCAUACACUCUCAUGGGAGCCGCCACUGCUUGGCCGUCACCUGUACUCAUCAAGAUGGCCAAUCACGAGACCCCGUUGAUCCUGGACGUGAACCAGAUAUCCUGGAUGAUCUCCAUGAUGUUCCUCGGACAUGUAACCAGUCCGAUCCCCACAGGAUACUUGAUGGAUAUUUUCGGACGAAAGAAAACUUGCAUUUGCUUAUCCAUUCUUCCGUUCAUUUCGUGGCUACUGAUCUUAUAUGCGGACACGCCCGCUCACCUCUACAUAGCGAGGUUCGCCGCAGGACUUUGGAUCGGAGUGACGACAACAAUUAUGCCAAUUUAUGUGAGUGAAAUUGCCGGGCCAAAAUUGCGGAGUUCGUUAACAACUAUUAACAACCUUCUGUUAAACUUUGGAGUGUUGUUUGUGUAUGUGAUAGGACCCUAUGUGUCUUACGACUGGUUGGCGAUCGCAUGCAUUUUUCUAACACUUUUUUACUUUUGUCUUUUUCUGCAAAUGCCUGAGUCUCCUUAUUACUACAUGAAACACAAUCAAAAGGAGAAGGCGUUUCAAGUUUUGUGCUGGUUGCGACAAGGGGAGCCAAAGCAGAGUAUUGAGAGUGAAAUUAAAAGGGUAGAAGUUGCAUUGGAUGAACAAAAAGAACAGAAGGGAACCCUUGGUGAUAUAUUAUAUGACAAAGCCAACAGGAAGGCGUUUAUAAUAGCGAUUACCUAUGCAAUCUUAAAAAGAUCUUCAGGUUCAGGAGUGUUACAAGCUUAUGCUUCAAUAACUCUGCCAAAAGUGACUUUCGGUGUGCUAGAUCCUGACUCGUGUGUGAUCAUCAUUGGAGUCAUCGGCCUUUUGUCUUCCAUCGCCUCAACAGGACUCAUGGUCAAGUACCAUCGACGUACACUGCUGACCAUCUCCUGUGGUGGUUGUGCUAUUGCCUCUGCUGUCGUCAUGGUGUGGUUCUACUACAACAACAAUUACUCUACGCUAAACUCAAAAUACAGUGACAUUGUCUUUCUAUCGUUCGCUCUCUAUUACUCUGUGUUCAACUUUGGACUCGGGCCCAUCGGAACUAGUAUCAAGGGAGAAAUAUUCUCUCCGAACGUAAAGGCUUUAUCCUCUUCGUUGACAACUUUAGUUGUAGCCCUCUCAGGGUUUCUAAUCAAUAAAUACUACUUGCUGAUAGCACAUAGUGUGGGAAUGUAUAUGAAUUUCUUUAUAUUCACUUUGUCUUGUGUUUUGGCCAUUUUGUUCUCAUGGACUUACGUUCCAGACACGCACAAUAGAACUUUGGAGGAGAUACGGGAGAUUUUGAAAUACGGGAAGAAAUUCAGAUUGUACUCAAAUGGUAGAUAGUAUUAUAUGAAAUAGAAAGUUUAGCGCUUAUGUAAUUGAUAAGGGUUUUAAGAAAGGAAUUUAAAAUUUUUGUUACCUUGUUGCAAAUAAAAG